UCAACAUGGACAUUAAUCCCCUGCUGCUGCUGUUGCUGUGGAGCUCAGGACUCCAGGCUGAAGUAAAACACGAUUCAACAGAGUUUAUGAGGUUGGUGGGAGGAGCCAGUCGCUGUGCAGGCACACUGGAGCUGAAGCAUCAGGGAGAAUGGAGACGAGCUACUAGUGGAGAUGUAGUGGACUACUUUGAAAUGGAGGCAGCAGCUGCUUUCUGUCGAGAUCUAAACUGUGGCUCUGCUGUUUCUUUACGAAAGAGACAGGUGUCAUACCAAUCUUUGUGGCUACUCAUAGCUGAAUGUCGACCUGAUUAUGAUCUGCCAAGAUGUGUAAUGUCGUGGAACGCUUCUUCGGUUCUGGAGCUCACCUGUUCAGACUCUGUGAGGCUGCUGAAUGGGACCAGUCUGUGUUCAGGCAGACUGGAGGUCAACUACAACCAGUCUAAUCAGUCCAAGCAGAGCUGGACCUCCGUGUGUGAAGAUCAUUUUGACCAGCAGGAUGCAGAGGUGGUCUGUAGGGAGCUUGGCUGUGGGCCUCCCUCAAUCCUCCAGGGGGCACUCCAUGGAGACAUGGGGGCUCCAGUGUGGAGCAAAGAGUUCCAGUGUGAAGGCCACGAGUCUACUCUCCUGGACUGUAGGAGCUCAAACUCUACUAGAAGCAGCUGCUCACCAGGCAAAGCUGUUGGACUCACCUGCUCAGAGCCUAUCAGGUUAGUGGGAGGAGCCAGUCGCUGUGCAGGUACACUGGAAAUGAAACUGGGAGAGUGGAGACCAGUGGAUGGAGAUAACUGGGCCCUGAGGGAAGCAGCAGUUGCCUGUAAACAGCUGGACUGUGGCUCUGCUCUUGCUAUAGAACACAGGAAGUCCUCAGACAGACCUGUGUGGAGGAUACAACAUGACUUUGUUAGGAGUAGAUUUCCUCUGAGGGAGUUUGUAAUACCAGUAAACUCUUCCUCCACUGUGGAUCUGACAUGCUCAGACUCUGUGAGGCUGCUGAAUGGGACCAGUCUGUGUUCAGGCAGACUGGAGGUCAACUACAACCAGUCUAACCAGUCCAAGCAGAGCUGGACCUCCGUGUGUGAAGAUCAUUUUGACCAGCAGGAUGCAGAGGUGGUCUGUAGGGAGCUUGGCUGCGGGCCUCCCUCAGCCCUCCAGGGGGCACUCCAUGGAGACAUGGGGGCUCCAGUGUGGAGCAAAGAGUUCCAGUGUGAAGGCCAUGAGUCUACUCUCCUGGACUGUAGGAGCUCAAACUCUACUAGAAGCAGCUGCUCACCAGGCAAAGCUGUUGGACUCACCUGCUCAGAGCCUAUCAGGUUAGUGGGAGGAGCCAGUCGCUGUGCAGGUACACUGGAAAUGAAACUGGGAGAGUGGAGACCAGUGUAUACAAUGGCCAGGACCCUGAGGGAACCAGCUGCUUUUUGCAAACAUCUGGACUGUGGCUCAGAUGUUUCUGUAAAAAAGAGAGAGCUCUCAAACACACCUAUGUGGCUUCUCAGAUUUUUCUGUGAACCUUCUUAUUUUUCUAUGAUGGGGUGUUUACAGUCACCAACCAUCACCAGUGAAUCAUUUACUACUGGUUCAGUCAUGGAGCUCACCUGUUCAGGAGAACAGGGGCCUGGUGGACUGUAACCUCGGUGUUGGUGCUGCUGAAGGAUGGCUGGCUGAAGAGGGAGGUUCUCAGGGAGCAGAAGAGGCAGUCCAGUGAGCUAAUGUCACAGUCAGACACAUUUUCAUCUGACAAAUGAGGAACCAUCAGUUCAGAUUUGAGUUUUUUCCCUUUAAACAGCCUUCAACUGUAAUGAUUCUGCAGUUUUCUUACUGACAGCAUUAAAAUACUAAACCUAUCA